AUGACGGCCGCGCACGGCGUCAUUGCGAUUCUCGAGUCGACGUUUAACAGCUUGGACGUGGAUAACAUUCUGGCCCUGUAUGCGGACGACGCCAAGUUGACAGCCCACUUGUUUGGACUGGGAAACGUCGACAAGAUGCACAUCAGGGCCUUUUACGCCGACCUGUUCGCGUCCAACGACGGCGUCGAGUUCGUCACGCGGUGCAUCAGCGGGACGCCGGACCUGGUCGUGUGGGAGUGCGACGUGCGGUGCAGGGCGAGGCGGGAGUCGGCGGCGCUGGGGAUCGCGAGGGGGGAGGCCGUGGUGUUGAGGGGGGUGUCGCUGCUGAGCUGGAGGGAGGGCUUGAUUGCGGAGCAAAAGGACUAUUUCCAUGUCGUGAGGGCGAGUUGA